AUGAGUUGGGUAUGGGAGGAGCAACUCGCCCAACGAUUCGCUCGCCGUAUCGAUCAGGUAAUGCAGUGGUGUGAAGAUCUGCGCCCUGGUGCAUUCGCCAAUUAUUACAAGAAGCAUUUCGCGCGCCGUGUCCAGGCUUCUCCUGCUGGUGACUGCUUCAUGGACGCGUUUCGAGCGGCGCUUUAUCAUCUUGGUGACCCUGGUCUUGCAUCCACGGCUACUGAACUCUGGGUGGACUUUGAGCGUGAACAUCCAGGCACUGUCGACAGAGUUUCUCGUGGGGAAGCUACGGAGUUCUUUCGCGUUCUUCAGCGCAGCAAUUUUCCGUUGGAUUUCGAUCUUCUCUUCCAUAGUCCACUUGACGCUACAUACACGAAAAUGGAGCGGUUCCAGGCAUUUGUCCAAACACCGCGUGAGGGAGUGUAUUUCACGAGUAUUGAAGAUGGCCUCGUCGGACACUGCGUUGUUGUUCUCGCAAAGGGUCCAGACACUACCGCCUCCGUACUGGAUGAAGUCGAACCGCCUGUGACCCCGGAACAUUUGACAAACUUGGAGUAUCUCCACAAGGUCAAAUGGAUGGAAUUGAUGAAACUGAUCAAGGGUACCGUUGUCGCCGCGGUAAACGCAAGUCCAGGCUGA